UUUACGUUUAUCAAUCAUUCAUUUUGUUCAAGGCAAACAGGAAAUGGAGUGAAGUACGACAACGGCGCAGGCACUAACUAACCGAAGCACAGCUUUUAUGCUGCCUCACCACUUGCCGCAGUUUGGUCUCGACUUUCAAGAUGGAUGCCUUCACCCGAUAGGUUUCUGUUUCUUUUUCGAAAAGGACGGUCAAUGGCCGAUAGUACGUACGUGGAGACACGUUGGAAACCAAAGCGCUUUAACGUUUAAAUAGGUCUACUGCGUGUGUAAUUUGUAUUUGUAUUCGUUUGUAGUAUUUGUCCCCACGUGUUUUGCUUUAGACUGUCUACUUUGUGACUUCCUGGUUUUCCUUCUGUGACGAAUCUGCGCUAAACGCUGAAAUGACUUUGGAAGGUUCGUUGGAUACGAGACAAACUAAACUUCAUGAUGUCAUUUUAAUUUUCAAAACCAGAGCAAAGUGUUUUUCGCAAAGGACAAUGGAAGAGCAGCAGAUUUCGUAAGAGUUCAGCGAUGGAAAGUGGAAAUGUCGAUGCCUCGCUCAAAGGUGUUUUAUUACCUGUGCGGGACACUUCUGACAUCUUUGAGAACUCUAUUGUGGCUCCUAUUCAAAGUGCGUACUUGUACGAAGAGUCUCGACAGUCUUUCAGAUACAAGUCCGCUGUCUUGAUUGAGAAUGCUCUACUUGAAGAAAAGUAUAAUGCCUUCCGAGCAAAGAGGAGACAAGAAGGAUAUUCAGAAGAGGAUUUGAAGGAGUCCUAUGGAUUUCUGCUGUUUGAUGACGUCAACAAGGCUCAUGCACUUGGAAGAAAUGGUGUUCUCACAGGAAACAGCACUUGCACAACUCUGGGAGAUCCCUUGAAGGGUGUUUACAUAUCAAUGUACUCUGACUGUUUGGAUCUGAAUCGCUGGUAUAAUGGGAAAUCUGGAUACAUUGUCAUCUUCAGGCUGACAAAGGGGAGAGUCAAAAGGGUUUUUGAAAACUACACACAGAAUCUCACACCACCAACUUUGGGAUACGACUGCCACGUGUCUGAAGAGUUACCCUCAGUAUCAGCCAAAACCAGCUCCUUUCUUGCUUUUGAGAGAACUCAGUAUUACAUGUAUGAGCUGUUGGAUGACGGUAGCUGUGAAACGGCGAAAUCUCCCAGUGCUGCUUGUCCUUUUGCCAUUGUGUCGUUUUCAUACACGGACACCAAAGCAACGCUUCAUGCACCACAUGAGAUAAGUGAGGAGAAAAAACUGGAUUUUCAUUAUGUGGCCUGGAUGGGUCAACUUCAAAUCGGUACCCAGUUCAUUGAUGUUGGGCUUAGGUCUGCAGCAGUUGCCUUGAUUCCUAUAAAACUUCCACCAGUUGUCAAAAUUGACAGAGCCAUAUACAUGUUAGAGUUGUUGCAGCUGUUGCCGAGGGCUGCUUUUGAAACCUGCUUGUCUGGUGAAGUCUUUCUGGAUGGCUUUUACUUAAGUCUGUGUGAGCUGGUUCCUUCUGAGACAGAAGAAAACAAAUCAUUCUCUCUGCUUUUGCAGGAAAUCAAGGAGAAAAAUCUUGCUCUCCCUGUUCCAUUGAAUGAUGGUGGUUUUCUCAUGUUGUUGCACUCCUCCCAUUUCCUCAUGUACAAUGGGUCUGGGUCAAAGGCAACUGAGGUCAUGCAAGCUAUGUUUGUUUUUCCAGACUCCCGAUAUAUACACAAGGGUAAUCACAGUAUGGAUAGUUUAAUUUAUUAA